UCUCUACGGGAUCUGCUUUAAAUCACACAGAAGACGACGCUUCCCCCCAAACAUCUUUGGACAACUUCACGUCCCUUCCCUUUCUUAAAUUAGCCCCCCUAAGCUUCGAGAUACCGCCCCCAAUUUCAGUGUCGGUACGGAGCCGCCAGGCCGGGACAGAGACGGAGAGAGAGCCCUCGGCCAUGGAAGCGCUCGGACCCGGCCCACCUACUCCUACCUCCCUCUUCCAGCCCCCACGGCGCCCUGGCCUUGGCACAGUGGGCAAGCCCAUCCGCCUGCUGGCCAACCACUUCCAGGUGCAGAUACCCAAGAUUGACGUCUACCACUAUGACAUCGACAUCAAGCCGGAGAAGCGACCUCGCCGGGUCAACAGAGAGGUGGUGGACACCAUGGUGAGGCAUUUCAAGAUGCAGAUUUUUGGGGACCGGCAACCGGGCUAUGAUGGCAAGAGGAACAUGUACACAGCGCAUCCACUGCCGAUUGGACGCGAACGGGUGGACUUGGAGGUGACGCUGCCUGGGGAGGGGAAGGACCAGACCUUUAAGGUCUCCCUGCAGUGGGUGUCCGUGGUCAGCUUGCAGAUGCUCCUGGAGGCGCUGUCGGGCCACCUGAACGAGGUCCCCGAGGACUCUGUGCAGGCCUUGGAUGUCAUCACCCGGCACCUGCCCUCCAUGAGGUACACACCUGUGGGCCGCUCCUUCUUCUCCCCACCGGAGGGAUACUAUCACCCCCUUGGUGGGGGCCGCGAGGUGUGGUUUGGUUUUCAUCAGUCAGUACGGCCAGCCAUGUGGAACAUGAUGCUCAAUAUCGACGUGUCAGCCACGGCCUUUUACCGCUCCCAGCCUGUCAUCGAGUUUAUGUGCGAGGUGCUGGACAUCCAGAACAUCAAUGAGCAGACCAAGCCGCUGACUGACUCGCAGCGUGUCAAGUUCACCAAGGAGAUUCGAGGGCUGAAGGUGGAGGUGACGCACUGCGGCCAGAUGAAGAGGAAGUACCGCGUGUGUAACGUCACCCGUCGGCCCGCCAGCCAUCAGACAUUCCCGCUGCAGCUAGAGAACGGACAGGCCAUGGAGUGCACAGUGGCACAGUACUUUAAGCAGAAGUACAGCCUGCAGCUGAAGUACCCACACCUGCCCUGCCUGCAAGUGGGCCAGGAGCAGAAGCACACCUACCUACCCCUGGAGGUUUGUAACAUCGUCGCCGGACAGCGCUGCAUCAAAAAGCUCACUGAUAAUCAGACCUCCACCAUGAUCAAAGCCACCGCGCGCUCGGCUCCCGACAGACAGGAGGAGAUCAGCCGACUGGUCAAAAGUAACAGCAUGGUGGGCGGGCCCGACCCUUACCUGAAAGAGUUUGGCAUCGUUGUGCACAAUGACAUGACGGAGGUGACUGGGCGGGUCCUCCCAGCGCCCAUGCUGCAGUACGGGGGCCGGGUGAGUACAGACACUGGGAGGGACUGUGGCAGGAACAAGACGGUGGCCACGCCUAAUCAGGGUGUGUGGGACAUGAGGGGCAAGCAGUUUUAUGCUGGCAUUGAGAUCAAGGUUUGGGCCGUUGCCUGCUUUGCCCCUCAGAAGCAGUGCCGCGAGGAUCUGCUGAAGAGCUUCACCGAUCAGCUUCGUAAAAUAUCAAAAGACGCGGGGAUGCCCAUCCAAGGCCAGCCCUGCUUCUGUAAGUACGCCCAGGGCGCGGACAGCGUGGAGCCCAUGUUCAAGCACCUGAAGAUGUCCUAUGUGGGUCUGCAGCUCAUCGUGGUCAUCCUGCCGGGGAAGACGCCGGUGUACGCUGAGGUGAAGCGUGUUGGGGACACUCUGUUGGGCAUGGCUACCCAGUGUGUCCAGGUGAAAAAUGUAGUGAAGACCUCUCCCCAGACGCUGUCCAACCUCUGCCUGAAGAUCAACGCCAAGCUGGGUGGCAUCAACAAUGUGCUGGUGCCCCAUCAGAGGCCCUCUGUGUUCCAGCAGCCGGUCAUCUUCCUGGGGGCAGACGUGACACACCCCCCCGCCGGCGACGGCAAGAAGCCUUCGAUCGCGGCAGUGGUGGGCAGCAUGGAUGGCCAUCCCAGCCGCUACUGUGCCACGGUGCGCGUGCAGACGUCCCGCCAGGACCUGUCCCAGGAGCAGCUCUUCAGCCAGGAAGUCAUCCAGGACCUGACCAACAUGGUGCGUGAGCUGCUGAUCCAAUUCUACAAGUCCACUCGCUUCAAGCCCACGCGGAUCAUCUACUAUCGGGGUGGCGUCUCCGAGGGCCAGAUGAAGCAGGUGGCUUGGCCUGAGCUCAUUGCCAUCCGGAAGGCUUGCAUCAGUCUGGAGGAGGAUUACCGGCCGGGAAUCACCUAUAUCGUAGUUCAGAAGCGGCACCACACACGACUCUUCUGCUCAGACAAGACUGAGAGGGUGGGCAAGAGUGGGAAUGUUCCGGCAGGUACCACAGUGGACAGCACCAUCACCCAUCCGUCUGAGUUCGAUUUCUAUCUGUGUAGCCACGCUGGCAUUCAGGGCACCAGCCGGCCCUCGCACUACCACGUCUUAUGGGACGACAACUGCUUCACGGCCGACGAGCUGCAGCUGCUCACCUACCAGCUGUGCCACACCUACGUGCGCUGUACCCGCUCCGUCUCCAUCCCGGCGCCCGCCUACUAUGCCCGGCUUGUUGCGUUCCGCGCACGGUACCACCUGGUAGACAAGGACCACGACAGCGCGGAGGGCAGCCACGUUUCGGGCCAGAGUAACGGCCGUGACCCCCAGGCUCUGGCUAAAGCCGUCCAGAUUCACUAUGACACCCAGCACACCAUGUACUUUGCUUGAUGUGCCACCAGGGGGCGUCCCGUUUUCUCUUUCUGUACCACCCCGCGUAUUUCUGUCUCUCUCUCUCCCUCCAUCUCUUUCAUUCUCUCUUCACCAAAGCGGUUCUGAAGCCAGUGGAUCGAGCCAUCUGUCUAGUCAAGAUGGCCGUCCCAGUUGAGCCGCCUUCUACCAGCAUACCCAGGAUUGUCAGCUGCACUGAGAGACCGUUGGUUUCUGAUGCACAGAAAGGCAGAACCUGUUGAGCCAUUGAAUUUUUUUUUUUUUCCCUCAUAUCUUUUAAUUUUCAAUUUUUUUUUUUUUUUUUUUUUUUUUUUUCCCUUCUCGAUUAGUAAGAUACACUGAGCUCGUUGCUCAGGGCUGGUUAGCCGGCCCACUCUCAUCCUUACAGCCAGGAAUCUUCUCUGUUUUUUACCUCAAGCCUGCACAGGCUGACAACAAUACUAUUACUAGUGGGGGGAGGGCUUGCAUGUGUGUGGGGGAGUCGGAAGAUUAUUUUUUUAGUUGACUUUUUCAGACUUUUUUAUGUUUUACAAACGAGGUGACCUGGGUAUUCUCAUUCUUUCAGUUCUGUCGACAGUGAGCGUGUGUGUACGUCUGUGUGUGGGAGUGACUGCGUGUGAGUGACUGUCUGUGUGUCCCAUUGCAGGCCACUGAAUUGUAAAGGGAGAUUGAGGGGUUAACUGCUGUAAAUGCCUCAGAUUUAAUGUGUUUAUUUCGUAUAUAUAUGAAAAUCAUAUAGAUAUAUUCAUCCGUAUAAGCAGAUUUAAAACAGAUUUUACAUGCUUAUUGAAGCCGGGAUGGGAAUGGAGCAGUGUAGCAGUCGGCCCUCGCCCACGUGUGGGGGGGGGCCUGGGGGCAUGUCCAGGCCAGGCAGACGUUUGUCUGCUGGCUGGGUUGGGGGAGUGCACCCACUUUUAUUUUAUUUUUGUGUGUGUUUUUUUUUGUUUUUUUUUUCCUUCCUCCGUCUUCGCCUCUGCCAGCACUGACCGCCACGGCCAGAUACACAAAUAACAGGCACUCUCCUUUUAUCUUUUAUGCAUUUAUAAAUAAAAAAAAAUCAGAUUUGUAAGAGUUUAAUAUAAAUCGUUUUGUGACUAUAUUAACUGAUGUUAGAGUAGAUUGCUGUAAGUGUUGUUGUUGUUGCCGUUAUCAAUGUCAUGAUUCUCAGACCGUCAGCAGUCGAGUCGGUGAGCAUUAUGGGCGGGGCGGGGGGGGGGGGGG